AUGGAAAUAUUGGAGGACCAAUUCGCAACAAAUGGAGAGCCCCUCCUCGCACACUUGAGCUCGUUUUCUUGGCCUCCCCCCACCAGCAACCCACCGCACCAAACGCCGCCUCCUCCCCGCCGCUCUCCCGCCAUGAAGCAGCUCCACAAGUCCCCCACCCACGCCCCGUCGCCGGCGCACGCGCCGGCGUCCAAGAUCUCCAAGCCCGCGCGCCCCGGGCCGCGCACCUGGGUCGGCUACCUCCUCCGCGAGCAGCGGCUCCUCUUCGUCCUCCUCGGCGCGCUCAUCGCCACCUCCUUCUUCCUCCUCCGCCCCUACCUCUUCUCCCUGUCGGCCUCCAACCCCACCGAGCGCAGCCCCAUCUUCUCCUUCGUCGGCCACUCGUCCGACCCCCGCGGCGUCCCCACGGGCUUCCGCCCGCCGCCUCGCCGCGUCGUCGUCACCGGCGGGGCGGGUUUCGUGGGCAGCCACCUCGUCGACAGGCUGCUGGAGCAGGGGGACAGCGUGAUCGUGGUGGACAACUUCUUCACCGGGAGGAAGGAGAACGUCGCGCACCACCUGCGGAACCCCAGGUUCGAGCUGCUCCGCCACGACGUCGUCGAGCCCAUCCUUCUCGAGGUCGACCGGAUCUACCACCUCGCGUGCCCCGCAUCGCCCGUGCACUACAAGUACAACCCCAUCAAGACGAUCAAGACAAAUGUCAUGGGAACCUUGAAUAUGUUGGGUCUGGCAAAGCGAAUCGGUGCAAGGUUCUUGUUGACUAGCACAAGUGAAGUUUAUGGUGACCCACUUGAGCAUCCGCAGAAGGAGACUUAUUGGGGGCAUGUUAAUCCUAUAGGUGUUAGGAGUUGUUAUGACGAGGGCAAAAGAACAGCAGAGACUUUGACUAUGGACUACCAUCGUGGUGGUGGUGUUGCGGUACGAAUUGCUCGUAUUUUCAAUACAUAUGGCCCUCGUAUGUGCCUGGAUGAUGGCCGCGUGGUUAGCAAUUUUGUUGCACAGGCACUGCGCAAACAUCCAAUGACAGUAUAUGGUGAUGGAAAACAAACUCGAAGUUUUCAGUAUGUUUCUGAUCUGGUUGCUGGAUUGAUGGCUCUGAUGGAGAGUGAACAUAUUGGCCCUUUCAAUCUGGGAAACCCAGGAGAGUUCACCAUGUUGGAACUUGCAGAGGUUGUGAAGGGAACAAUUGACCCAAUGUCGACAAUUGAAUUCAAGCCCAACACAGCCGAUGAUCCCCAUAUGAGAAAGCCCGAUAUUACCAAGGCCAAGCAACUGCUAGGUUGGGAGCCAAAGGUAUCUCUGAAGGAAGGCCUUCCCUUGAUGGUGACAGAUUUCCGCAAAAGGAUCUUGGAUGAGUAA